GUUUAUAACGAGCAAGCCGAUCAACAUUAUUAUAUAUUCAUACAAAAACCAUACUUAGUGUGUUUGUCGCCUUUUCAAAAGUCAAAAAGAGGUGAAGGUUGUUCGAUAAAAUAAUACUGGAAUAAUUAAAACGAGAAUUCUACUGUGUGUUGCAUAAGUACUGCACGAGGAAUUCUUCGAGGCGGAAUAGAAAGCGGUGAACAACAGACUAAUCGCGAAUCAAUUUUAGGAGAUUGUAUCAAUGACGAACGACAAUUCAAAAGAAAACCACCAACCAGAAGAGUCCGAGCAUGAAGAUUCAAUUCCAGCGCCGCCCGAUGGGGGAUACGGAUGGGUGAUCGUUUUCGCUUCGUUCAUUUGUAACAUGUUAGUAGACGGUAUCAUCUACUGUUUCGGAAUUUUUCUAAAAGACUUAUCUAUACAUUACAAAGAAUCGGAGGCUAAAUUAGCAUGGGUGGGUUCACUAUUAGCCGGCGUAACCAUGUUAGUCGGCCCCGGAGUUAGUGUAGUCACUAAUAAAUACGGUUGCCGGAUAUCCUGUAUGUCAGGAGCUAUAAUAGCAUCAGCAUCCUUCGCUUUAUCGACUCUAUGUCCUUCCGUGGAAUUAUUAAUGUUCGUUUAUGGUGUAUGCGGUGGUAUAGGAUUCGGUUUAAUGUAUGUACCAGCUGUUGUGUGCGUGGGGUAUUAUUUCGAAUCGAAACGAUCUUUAGCUACCGGAAUAGCCGUUUGUGGUUCCGGUGUUGGUACUAUAGUUUUCGCGCCUUUCGGAAGGUACCUAUUGGUUACUUUUGGAUGGAAAGGGGCGAAUUUAGUACUUGCAGCGGUAUGUCUCAGCGGUGUUAUCUUUGGAUUCCUCAUGAAACCUAUUGAAUAUAAGAAACCGGAGAAGACGGUGACUAUGGUCUAUCAAAAUGGAACACCUGCUAUAAUGGGCGAUUUGAAGAAAAGCUAUACGAGCCUUACAGAUUUAUCGGCAUCAAGACAUUCACUAGCUAGUAACAAAAGUAAAAAAAGUCAAGUACUUCCUCCAUUAGCGAGACAAGACGUCCUUUAUACAGGAUCAAUAAGGAAUCUAAAAGAAUAUCAAUCCCAAAAAUCUUUACAUGAUUUCAGACAGAGCAUGUUGAACAUACCCACAGACAAAUCAAAAUACAGUGUUAGUUCAUCAAGACUGUGUAGAAUUUUUGGCGAUUUACUAGAUUUGAGUUUGAUCAAGAAUCCAGUUUUUAUAGUGAUCAUUCUAUUAAAUUUUAUGGGUUUUAUAGCUCUGUACAUUCCAUUCGUUUUUAUAGGGGAAGCAACAGAAAAAGACGAUAUCAGUAAGGAUCAAAGUACGUUACUUAUAUCCCUUAUGGGUAUAACAAACACCGUGGGACGGAUAGUUUGCGGUUUCAUUGCAGAUUUUCCGAAAGUUAAUACUUUAUUAGUUAAUAACGUUUGUAUGAUAGUUAUGUCGAUUGCACUAGGAGGAAUAGCUUUUUGUCAUCAUUACAUUUCGUAUGUUGCUGUUACUUUCAUAUACGGCAGUGCGAUGGCUGGUUACAUCUCAUUGACAUCGAUUCUGUUAGUAGAGUUCCUCGGAUUGGAAAAAUUAACGAGCGCCUUUGGACUUUUAAUUCUCUUCAGAGGUUCCGGAGCUCUAAUCGGACCACCUGUACAUGGAUUAAUCAUGAAAUCGUUUUCAUAUUCGCACGGUUUUUUGGUAGCUAGCGGCUUUUUAACUAUUUCGAGUCUAUUGUCGUGUUCGAUUCCAUUUAUAAGAAAAAUUAAAAGAAACAACACCAAAGAUAGAUCGUUAGAACCAGUGAAUUUAAACGUUGAAGAGGCAGCAUAGAAUAAAUUAAAAAUGUUUUUAGUACUCGGAGAAUGUACAGUAAGAGGAAAUCAACUACUAUGCCUCAAAUUAAUCGAAUAUAUACGAGGUUUGAUCAAAAAAUAGAACUAAAAAAUUUAUUAAUUUGCAUUAAUGGGAGGAGAAUGUAGUAGAGGAAAAUGCUAAUAUCAUUUGUAUGAUUAGACAAUUGAUUUUAAUAAAAAUAUUAAAUUUUUUAUGCGACAUUGAAAAUCACAUAAACACAUGUAUUGUUUACACAGUAAGACCAAGAAUUUAUGUACGACAUUUCCAAUCUCUCAAACGAGUGUUCGACGCGAUUUCACAGUAAAAAAUGAUUAAUAAGUUGAUUAAAUAGCUAAAAUUCGACGAAAUAAACGACAAAAGAGCUAAUAAAAUUUUUGGGGGAAAGCCCUAUUACACUCGUGUAGUUCGAGUAGUGCGUGCUCUAGGUAGGAUUAUGUUGGACAGCUCGGAAGAGCAGCUACCGUAGUAGAAUCGGUAAAAUAGAGUCAGAUCAAUGGCCUUUCUCCUAUGCUCUAAACUGUUCAAGUUUCUAGGAUCGCCUAUAAGUCUAUUCUGUAGUGAGUCGAGCUCAAUCCUAUCCUCAGACUAUACCUUUGAGCCGAGCUCCAAAUGUGCGAGCAAUACUUAAAGAUGGAGGAAUAUGAGCCUUGUAAAGGUUUAGAAAUUGUAUUGCUCUAACCUCAAAACCGAACAAAUGAAUUUCUUGUUCCUUCUCGUAGUCCAUAUGUAUAUAAUAUAUAUAAAUAAGGAAGGAAACGUUGAACAACUUCAUCACUUACCAAUUAAAAUUUACCAGAUCUCAUAGGAAAGUACAAAAAUGUGUACGCAAUAUUCGCGCCCGGUGUACUAGAACCUGUUCCCUAAUAACUUAUCUUAAUCAGCACACGUACUUCGCCGGUGGUGGAUUUUCUACUGAAGAGGUAUAUGGAGCGACAGUACCAAAUGUCCACUUAAAUACAAGUUACUGGAAUUUCCUUACAGGGCCGGUCUGACACACCGUGCGCGAGUGAUGGAAGGUUAAGAUUGGUAUCGAUGGUGGUGAGGUGUUGCUGUGGGGCGACUGAUUUGAAUAACGGUAUCAUUGUGCAACAGUCGGCGAAGCUAUAGAUCGAGUAGAUCAUUGAUGUACAGGAUGGAGAGAGUAGGUGAUAAAAUCCAUCCCUAGGAAACACCAGCGAUGACCUCAAACCUUUCUGAGGUGUGACCAUCGAUAGCAAGCCGGAUGGAUCGGUCAUUGAGAAAGCUAUUAAGCCAGUCGAUAAGUGAAAACGACAAACCGUACGAUCUCAAUUUAUUUAGAAGGUUUGGCAUAUCAAGCCCUAUCAAAAACCCUCGAUAUAUCCAUAUAUGAAUGCCCCAUAUUUCUCUAUAGCUUCAGUCCAUACGUUGGUGCGAUAUACCAGGAGAUCCCCAGUCGAUCUACUGAAAGCCGUAUUGAUGAUCGCUAAUGAUGUUAACACAGACUCAAGAUGUGCUGGUUAACGAGUUUCUCCAUGACCUGGACAAUGACUGGGACUAAAGAAAUCAGACGGUACUUGUUGGGAACUGUCUUUUUCAUGUUUUUGUAUUGGGUUGAACCCGAGCAAGUCUCCAAUCUGCAGGGAAGUGACCUCUUUUAUAUAAUAGAGAGAAGAGUUCAACUUUGCAAACUUUUGUCGCGUCUCUUUUUCGAAAUUCCAUUUCUGACACGAUUGAUCAACUCCAGGUAGGCUGAGUGGUAGUUCUCCAGCGCGAAUCGAGAGUUGAAUUCGAGGCAAUCAUGCGAAUAAACGUGAAAAAAGAAUUUUAAAAAAAUUAAUUUAAGAUCCACGAUGCAUAGAAACUUAUUGGUACCUUUAUGAUUUUAAAAACAAAAAAAAUUAUUACCUAACAAUUAUUUCUCCGUCCAACGUCAUCGAACUAGAAAACUGUGUACCCAAAUAUCAUAGCCAAAGUCAGGUUGAAUUAUAGACAAGACCGCACGUUUUGACAAACUUACAGUACAAAAGAGAACGGAUUUAAUUGGUAAAAAAAUCGCCUUAUGUCUCCUGUUCACCAUUAAGAAGUACUUUGAUACAUUUUUCAGGUCUUUAUCUUCAAAGUCAAAGUUUCAAUAGCCCCCUGUAAAAUUCAGAAUUUUCGUUUCAUUUGAAUCUCAAUUUACCCUCACAAUUAAAAAAACUGAUGACCUUGGUGAAUGACUUUGACUGGCAUGUUUAUUUAGAUCGAUUUGAGUCACUAAGAUUGUCUUAAUUUAACUUAUAGUAACCGGAAUAUUUACAAACUUAUCACUAUUUACUUCAACAAUAGUUACUAUAAAUACUGCCAUGAGAAUCUAUUUUUUGACCACACCUUGUAUAAAAGUAACAGUACAAAAUAUGUUUUUGUCACUCUACUUAGAAUUAUCAAAAAAAUUUUGAUGAAAUUUAAAUUCUGUUUGUUUCAAAAAUAUAUUAUGUAGUGACAAGAAGCGAAUCCGCGCGUUGUAUAAUUGCGCCGAUCUCUCCUACAACUUCGGGUAGUUUUGGUUCAAAUCAUUCAGUAAUCGCUUAAGGGGGUAUUCUGGUCUAGAAAACAUUUUUACUCUCAAUUUUGUUAUGAUAUUUAUUGGUUUUUUAAUAAUAUACAAAAAAUAUCAGAAUUUCAAUAAAUUACAGGCCAGUAAAGUGCGGGCUCCAAAAAAAAGGGUGCACUGUAGUUGACAUGAUUCCUGCCCUUGUAGUGAUAUCAAGCAAAAAUAAACGGGGCCAUUGGUUGACAUGAUUCCUGCCCUUGUAGUGAUAUCAAGCAAAAAUAAACAGGGGCCAUUGAUUGACAUGAUUCCAACCCUUGUAAUGAUAUCAAGCAAAAAUAAACGGGGCCAUUGGUUGACAUGAUUCCUGCCCUUGUAGUGAUAUCAAGCAAAAAUAAACGGGGCCAUUGGUUGACAUGAUUCCUGCCCUUGUAGUGAUAUCAAGCAAAAAUAAACGGGGCCAUUGGUUGACAUGAUUCCAACCCUUGUAAUGAUAUCAAGCAAAAAUAAACGGGGCCAUUGGUUGACAUGAUUCCUGCCCUUGUAGUGAUAUCAAGCAAAAAUAAACGGGGCCAUUGGUUGACAUGAUUCCUGCCCUUGUAGUGAUAUCAAGCAAAAAUAAACAGGGGCCAUUGAUUGACAUGAUUCCAACCCUUGUAAUGAUAUCAAGCAAAAAUAAACGGGGCCAUUGGUUGACAUGAUUCCUGCCCUUGUAGUGAUAUCAAGCAAAAAUAAACGGGGCCAUUGGUUGACAUGAUUCCUGCCCUUGUAGUGAUAUCAAGCAAAAAUAAACGGGGCCAUUGGUUGACAUGAUUCCAACCCUUGUAAUGAUAUCAAGCAAAAAUAAACGGGGCCAUUGGUUGACAUGAUUCCUGCCCUUGUAGUGAUAUCAAGCAAAAAUAAACGGGGCCAUUGGUUGACAUGAUUCCUGCCCUUGUAGUGAUAUCAAGCAAAAAUAAACAGGGGCCAUUGAUUGACAUGAUUCCAACCCUUGUAAUGAUAUCAAGCAAAAAUAAACGGGGCCAUUGGUUGACAUGAUUCCUGCCCUUGUAGUGAUAUCAAGCAAAAAUAAACAGGGGCCAUUGAUUGACAUGAUUCCAACCCUUGUAAUGAUAUCAAGCAAAAAUAAACGGGGCCAUUGGUUGACAUGAUUCCUGCCCUUGUAGUGAUAUCAAGCAAAAAUAAACGGGGCCAUUGGUUGACAUGAUUCCAACCCUUGUAAUGAUAUCAAGCAAAAAUAAACGGGGCCAUUGGUUGACAUGAUUCCUGCCCUUGUAGUGAUAUCAAGCAAAAAUAAACGGGGCCAUUGGUUGACAUGAUUCCUGCCCUUGUAGUGAUAUCAAGCAAAAAUAAACGGGGCCAUUGGUUGACAUGAUUCAAGCUCUUGUAGUGAUAUCAAGCAAAAAUAAACGGGGCCAUUGGUUGACAUGAUUCCAGCUCUUGUAGUGAUAUCAAGCAAAAAUAAACUGGAGCCAUUGAUUGACAUGAUUCCAACCCUUGUAAUGAUAUCAAGCAAAAAUAAACGGGGCCAUUGGUUGACAUGAUUCCAGCUCUUGUAGUGAUAUCAAGCAAAAAUAAACGGGGCCAUUGGUAGACAUGAUUCCAGCUCUUGUAGUGAUAUCAAGCAAAAAUAAACUGGGGCCAUUGAUUGACAUGAUUCCAACCCUUGUAAUGAUAUCAAGCAAAAAUAAACGGGGCCAUUGGUUGACAUGAUUCCAGCUCUUGUAGUGAUAUCAAGCAAAAAUAAACGGGGCCAUUGGUAGACAUGAUUCCAACCCUUGUAAUGAUAUCAAGCAAAAAUAAACGGGGCCAUUGAUUGACAUGAUUCCAACCCUUGUAAUGAUAUCAAGCAAAAAUAAACGGGGCCAUUGGUUGACAUGAUUCCAACCCUUGUAAUGAUAUCAAGCAAAAAUAAACGGGGCCAUUGGUAGACAUGAUUCCAACCCUUGUAGUGAUAUCAAGCAAAAAUAAAAUUUGCGAACCACCCAACACAAGCGUGAAAAUCGUAUUUUGUUCUAACUUGUUGAUAAAAAAAGUUGGCUUCUAAAAGAAUGUCUGCGGAAAUUGGGACAUGUCUCUUUCUCUGUUGUUGGAGCCAUGCAAAGAGGGCUUCCUCAACUUGAGGAUUUUUAGAAUCGCUUUUAACAGAUCUAAGGAAAUUUUCAAUUUUUUCUCUAUUUUUCAAAAGGCCGUGAACCGUAGCUCUUCCAAUGCAAUCAAUUUCAGAUAUGGCUGUUCCACCACGAUCUGAAACACUUCUCAAAACUAAAUAAACGCAGAUGUUUGCUAUUGGUAAUACAUAACAAGAAAUUAACGGUAUAACAGACUAACAGCCAUCGAUAUGUCGCCUAUUUUCGUUCCAUUUCUUCGAAUUAUCUGUUAAAUUAAAAUACCAUUUGUUAUAUUUACAGCUAUAUUGAAGAAACACACACAAAAA